CUUUUCCCUUACAGCAAGCAGGUAAUUGAGAGCAAGAGAAAAUGCUGCUCUGGUCUGGGCCCGGUGGCUCAUGCCUGUAAUCCCAGCACUUUGGGAGGCCAAGUUGGGUGGAUCACUAGGUUGGGAAUUCCAGACCAACCUGGGCAACAUGGUGAAAACCCGUUUCUACUAAAAAAUACAAAAAUGAGCAUGGCACAGCAGCAGGUGCCUGUAAUCCCAGCUACUUGGGAGGCUGAGGGAGGAGACUCACUUGAACCUGGGAGGCAGUGAGCUGAGCUUGAACCUGAGCUGAGAUCAGGCCACUGCACUCCAGCCUGGGUGAUAGAGUAAGACUCCAUCCAAAAAAAAAAGCCUCUGAAAACAUGUUAAGUAUGGACAAAGUAUAUUGGAAUCUGGUUUGAUGUAGGGCUUAAUUUUUUAAACCAGUGAGUAGUGUAGUGAGCACUGUGAACAAAACUAGAAACCAGAUAACAGUGUUUUCAGGAAACAGAGUACAGCAGUCGGUUGCAAAGACAGUUUCUCCCUCCUCUCCCCACACCCUCCUCCUCUUUUUUUGUUUUUGGUUUGAGAGAGAAAGAGUCUCGUUCCGUUGUCCACACUGGAGUGCAGUGGUGCGAUCAUGGCUCACUGCAGACUUGACUUCCCGGGCUCAAGUGAUCCUUCCACCUCAGCCUCCUGAGUAGCUGGUCCAACAGGCAUACCACCGUGCCUGGCUGUAUUUUGUUUUUUGUAGAGACAGGAUUUUGCCAUGCUGCCCAGGCUCCCCACCAGGUUUUGAACAAGUUUUGCCAUGCUGCCCAGGCUCCCCACCAGGUUUUGAACAAGUUGCCCAGGCAGCAGGAAGUGGACAUGCAGCCGCUCGAUGUAGUAAGGAUGGUAAUGCAUAGAGCUGUAAUCACCAGUUUGCAAAGCCCCCGCAGCUGUUGCUGCUUGGAGCCUUUGAGGGCUUUCUUGGUGGAGGGGUGCUUUGUGCCAUGGAGGAUUUAUAGAGGCCCCCAGACAGUAUGGACUUGUCAGGUUGAGGAGGGACAAGUCAGGAACAGGGUAGAGGGGAGCAGGGACGGGUGUGUGCCAUGGCCCGAGGAGAGAGCAUGAGUGACCAUGGCAGCUGCACACUCCACAUCGUUUGAAAGCAUCACUGAGUUGCAGGCUAGGGCUGCAUGGAGCAUCACUGGCCUUUCCCUAGUGGAAGCAGUGGUGUGAGGUCUGCUGCUCUGGGCACUGCCUCUGUGCUCAGUAGGAGGGGCUCCCAGUGCUUCGGGGCUAGUGCUGGCCCCUGUGGCAGGAAUCUGGAGCAGCACUCCACCCACCCCUGAGAGAAUGCUGAACUAACUCCCCUGUGGAACGGACACUUGUGUUUUGAUGUGAGACACCAAAAGGGGUAUGUGGACUGUCCCCCUUUACUAAGGGGCCUGCUCCUCCUCGCCAGUGGGUGUGGUUUGGAGAUUUGAGGUAGCAAGUGUCUGGUGAACCUCGGGGCGGCACCUUGGAGUCUGUUGUAGAAGAGAGGGCGCUCUAGCAGAAGGAGCCAUGGCUGGGCAUCCAGCCUGUACACUGGCAAAGCUGCAGGCCAGGAGCUGGCAAACCACGAUCAGUGGACCUAAUCCAGCCUCUGUUCUAUCUUUGUGUAGCCUGAUUGCGAAGGAUUGUCUUCACAUUCUUAAAGGGUUGUUCACAGCAGCAAUAAAGAUGUGACAGAGGUCGUACAUGGUUUGCAAAACCCAAUGUGUGUGUCAUCUGGACCCUUGCAGAAAGCCUUUGCUGACCCUGUCCUGGGUGCCCCUGCAAGUGGGACUUGGUAUAACCAUUGCCCACAUUUAAGCGAGCUGCUUCGUGAAGGCCAAGUCAGGCAUGAUGUCUAGGUGACUGCACCGCACCUCUGUCUAGAGUCUCUCUCAGCACCCUCACGACAGAUGCAGGAGACAGCUCAGGUUAGCCAAGGCAAGAUGGCAGCCUUUUCAACAAGAAUCUGCUGAUUGUGCCAAGUGGAAACUGACUGAUCAUGAAAAUUGGGUUUCUCAUAGUGAGAUACCUCGUCAUAACAGUCAGAAUGGCUGUUAUUAAAAAGUCCCAAAAAAAAAAAAAAAAAGCAGAUGCUGGUAAGUCGGUGGAUUAAAGGGAGCACUUAUACACUGUUGGUAGAAGUGCAAGUUAGUUCAACCAUGUGGAAAGCAGUAUGGCAGUUCCUCAGAGAGCUAAAACCAGAACUACCAUUUUUCCAGCAAUCCCAUUACUGGGGUAUAUACCCAGAGGAAUAGAAAUCAUUCUGCCAUAAAGACACAUGCAGGCGAGUGCCCAUUGCAGCACCGUUCACAGAAAAAGACGUGGAAUCCACCUGGAUAUCCAGCAGUGACAGAUGGGAUAAAGAAAAUGUGGUACAUAUAUACCAUGGAAUACUGUGCAGCCAUAAAAAAAGAGUGAGAUCAUAUCCUUUUUGUUUGAGAUGGAGUCUCACUUUGUCAGGCUGGAGUGCAGUGGUGCCAUCUUGGUUCACUGCACCCUUCACCUCCCAGGUUCAAUUGAUGAGAUCGUCUUUUGUGGGAACAUGGAUGGAGCUGGAGGCCAUUGUCCUUAACAAACUAACACAGGGACAGAAAACCAAGUGCUGCAUGUUCUCACAAGUGGAAACUAAAUGCUGAGCACACAUGAACACAAAAAGGGAACCACAGGCACUGGGGUCUGCUUGAGGAAGGAGGAAGGAGGGCACUGGGCUGCAUAUCUGGGUGAUGAAGUCAUCUGUUCAGCAAACCCCCAUGACACAAGUUUACCUGUAUGACGAACCUGCACCCUGAACCUAAAAUAAAAGUUUUUUUUUUUUUUUAAAAAAGUUGGACUUCUGCUGAGAGAUCACCUGUGCCUGUUUCUUAUUUCCAUGGACACUGGCCAGGAGGAAUUGUGGUGAAAGGCCCCUACUUGGCUUACUGUUCUUCCCUUUCUUGAGUGAACAUACCUGCUUCUCAAUCGUUAAGGCAUGCGCAAGAAAUAAAUGCUUGGCAAUAUUUUGAAAGCGAGUUUCAGAAAAUCCUGGAGCCAUUUCACAUGCAGGCUGUCUCAGCAGCACAGUGAGGCUAUGCCAUGCGGUACCCAGUGCAGGCCUCUCAUCUGGGAGGCUCCCAGCACCUGGUUGGGCACAGUUGCUCCCACUCUUCCGUGGCCAAGGAGAGCUCUGUGUUGUGUGCUUUGCAGCCCCCACCAGUGCUUCAUGCUCUUUAACUCGAGAGCUCUGCCUCUGCUGAUGGAAACGUUAGGAGUUGAUGACACAGGCUUUAGACUACAUGAAAAGUUGCCCUGGGGUUGGAAGUGUGUGUGUUUUUAUCAACCAGAAUCCAAGGUUUCUGAAAUUCCACAUACAUCUUUUCAACAAAAGCCAGCUCUGGAACUUCUCCUUCUCUAGGCUUUUCAACCACUUUUAGAAUUCAGUUCUCUGACCAGCCAGCACAAUAGUCAUCACUGGACGGGGUUGUUGAAAAAAGGGAGUUAACCACCUGGUAAAAAGGAAAGCAUACAGGGUCUGUCGUAAGGGAAGGAGAGUUUUGUCACUUUUGAGGCCAUUUUAUUAUAUCUUCAUUAUUUUGCCUUCCAGACUUGCUACCUAUAUUAACCAGAUUUCAUAGCAUCUUCCAGAAAGCUUGGGAAGCAUCUCAGAAUGUGAUUUCCACAUCAUCAUUUGAAGAUUAACACAGUGUUGUUCAUUUGGCUUCAUAAUACAUGAUUUCUCAGGUAUUCAGCAUUUGAUGAGGCUUUUCCCUGGGCCGUCUACUCGCCAGGCUUUCUCAACGGCUGCAGUUGGAUCAGGUUGGCCGUGGUGCUGACAGAGCUUCCACUUCUCAGAGCCGAGAUGAGGUUGUGUGAUUGUAAGUAGUGUUUACAGUCUGACAGGGAACAUCAGUGUGCGAUAGGGCAAGCUUUUCCCACAGCCCAUGGUGGCUUUGAAUGUGGCCUAAUGCACGUUUGUAAACUUUAUUAUGAGAUUUAUUUUUAAAGCUUAUCAGCUGUAUUAGCAUUGGUGUAUUUUAUGUGUGGCCCAGGGAAGCCAAAAGAUGGGACACCUGUGUUUUCAGAUCUGACUGCUACACUUAGUGCUGUUUCCAGGGCGAGUAGGUUAGAAAAAUACAUUGAAAGGCUCCACUCUGUUGAGAGUUACAUCUGUGUUGAAGCAGCAUCUCAUACAACUUGCCAUGAGUAGGAUGUGUUUUAGUUGCCUAUUCUGGUGUAACAAAACCAUGUCAAUACAUGAUGUCUUCAGAAAAUAAUGACUUGUGAUUUCUCAUAAUUCUUGUGUUGCCUGGUGGUUUUCUGCUGGUCAUGCCUGGGAUCACUCAGGCUGCAGUAGGCUGGUGGCGGGGCCAGGCGGAGGGGGUGCUUCUCAUAGCUCAGCCGUGUGAACUCCCACAUGUUGCCUGAGGGCACAGGUGGAAGUGGCAGGGUCCUCCUGGGCCAGCAAGUCUGGGGUGCACCCAUGCCCCAGGGCUGGAGAGGAAAGCUCCAUGUCUUUUUUUUUUCUUCCUUUUCUUUUGUGUGGCCUUCUAAUGAAUGUGUGUGUGUGUGUGUGUGUGUUUGUGUUUAAAUCAGUAUGUUGCUUGGUUGACUGUGCAGGAGUGCAGUGGCAUAAUAAUAGCUCACUGCACCCUUGAACUCCUGGGCUCAAGCCAUCCUCCUGCCUCAGGCUCCUGAGGGUCUGGGACAUCUAUGCCAUCAUACCUGGGUAAAUUUUUUUACUUUUUUGUAGAGACAGGGUUUUGCCAUGAUGUCCAGGCUGGUCUCAAACUUUUUGCCUCAGUCAGUCCUCUUUGCCACAACCUUCUAAAGUGCUGGGCUCACAGGCAUGAGCCACUGCAUAGGGCUAGGGCUCUACUUCCUGAUGGCCAGAAUCCUGGAACCCAUAGGCGCAUGUUCGAGUCCACCACUGUGUGUGUGUGUGUAUGUGUGUUUCACAGGGUCCUAGGCCACAUAAAUGGAAAGGAGCGUGUGGUGCUUGGUGACAUCAAGAGUGAGUGAGGCUUGCCACACAGAGUGCAUUUAAAUCGGACAGAAUACAAAGAAAGUUUUGGUGGUUUUUCCUAGAUUCUGGUCUCAGGAUUGUGAACUGUAUAGGUUUUUUUUUUUUCCUUUAGAGAUUCUAAGACUUUGCAAGACUGAAUCUUAAUCCUUGGCUGGCAUUUAAGCAUAAAUAACAAAUUCAUGUGCAUUGUUAAAUACAGGGUGAAUUUAGAGAAUGCUUCAGAAGUUAGAGUGAAAGAAAAUCUUUAAAUGAAAACCUACCUAUUCUGAUCAGAAUUCUUUUAUCUGGAAACAUUGUAUAUUUUUGAUAAACUGGGAUAAGUACAUUCGCGCUGACAUGUGUGCUCUCUCUAGUGUCUAUGGAGCUGCAUACAUGCCUUCAACCAUCAUGCAGGAUUUAGUAUCGUCUCUUCGGGCUUCAGUGCUGCCCACUUCAUUCUGUAGCUGUGCAUUUUAGAUUUUGAUUCUAAGAGGAACUUUCAUACACUCUUUACAACUCAGAUUUUGGUUCUGCUUCCAGUCAGCGAGGACAGCUGGCUGAGCAAGGUGUUGUGACGUUUCCCUCCGGCAGACAGAAGAGCAGUCUUCAUCCCUAGCAGUGGGAGCUGCAUACCCUGGGAUCCCAAAAACCUACGUGCCUUUCAGUUUGCCCAGUGGUUGUUUCAGAAGUGGAAGGAGAAGGGAAUUGGUAUUUCAAAAGUGUAAUACAAAAUUCCUUAGUCAAUUUUGUUAACCCAAGUCACAUUUGUUAAUCCACAUGUCAAUUUGGGGAAAUAAUUGUGUCUCGUGUUGAAUUUUGCAUCUUUACAAAACUUUCUGGCAUUUAAUGAAACAUAGCUGAGAAGUACUUGAGGAUUAGUCUAGCUUGCCCCUUCCUAUGAAUUCAGGGUCCUCCUGCCUGGGGCCACUCUCACAAGCCUCUGGCCAUCUCUCCAGGGUGUUUGCAGUGCUGCGCCAGCUCACAUCCCACUGCUGCCUUGUCUGACCUUUACUGUCCGUCUGAGAGUCUUGCAGUUUUGAAGGUCUUGUCUAGAGUGAGGUUUUUAUUAUUAUUUUUUUAAUGUUUAAGGUUAGUUUUCUCAAGCUUAAAUCUUUUUUACUUUGUGCUUCUCCCUAAAUCCUUAAAAACACUUGUCUGUGUAACUUGUGGUCCCUGGGUUUGAAGGUGAUGUUUCUGGUGGUAAGCUUCUAUUGAUGGUGCUUCAGUAGGAGUGGAAGGUCUGCCUGAGCCUUUGGCCUUUGCUGCAGUCCCGCUGCCCUCGAAGCAGCAUUCUCCCAGCAGGGAGGGCCUCGGUGCUGCCUGGGCAGAGCCUUCUGGUGAUGUGGACGUUUCUCAGCCGAUUCUGUAGUGUCAUAACCAAAAAGUAAAACACUCGUUAAUGGCUUGAGUUAUGUAAAUAUGGAGUAUAAACAGGUGAACUGGCACAGACCCUAAAUUUCAAAGUUGAAUGAUGAUGAAGAUGAUCACUUGGCCUGAAUGAGGAAGCUCAUGCCCAAUGGUUUGUGCUCCCCUUAGAGAAGUGCAGCUGGGACAUCUCCCUGCAGCCCCUGGGCCUCAGCACUGUGAUGGCUCUGUGUGCCGAGGCCAAGGCCUACAUCACCCUGUUUCUUGCUGCUUGGGGCCCUCUGCAGGAGAAAGAAGUGGGGUGUGCCACUGGGGUUUCCUAAGGGGAUGCAGAGCUGGUGGUUUAGGGUAACUGAGCAGGAUUUCUGACUUACUGGAAGAAGUGGGGGCCUAGCCAGGUUGCCAGAGCCUCAUCUGUGAUUGGGUUAAGAGGUUUCCAUGAUGAGCAGCAGGGGCUGGGGCAGGCUGAUCCUGGAAGCCAAGGCUGCCCGUUUGCAGUAAUGGAUUGUAUGAGUUGGACUGGAUCCCAUCUGGUUGUGAGACAUGAGGAACCUCUAGCAGGUGCUGAGCAGCAGCCGCGUCCCAACCUAGGCUCAGUGCAGGGUCAAGAGACUGUGGGUUUUGUUGAGGUUUCAUGCUGAGAAGCUGUGACUGACCAGGUCUUUCGCUGCUUGCAUCUUUCUUGGAGGCCUAAUAGAGAUUUUAGUGAACCUAAAUGUUUUCUUCUCCUCCUCCGCCUCCUAUCCGUAACCCCAUGACUGACACACUCACCUGGAGUUUUGAAACGGAGUCCCCAUGUGACAGGUGAAGCUGCUUAGUGUUGACCUUAGAUGUUCUGGGUUCCAUACCAUUAAUUUCAUUUUGGGCGCACCUGCUUCUAGAAUGCCAUUUUAGUCAGUGGGGAAGAUGAAUUACUGAAAGCACUGACAUUGGCUAAUAGAUCCAUGGUUUUUUAAUCUUUUAAAUUUCGUGACAUUUAUGGUAUAUGGUUCCUUAGAAUGUUGCUAUGUGUAAUGUCAUUCAUCAUAAAUGUUGAUCAGGUGAUUAAAAUGGGUAAGUUGGGCAUGGUGAUGUUUACCUGUAGUCCCAGCUACUUGGGAGACCAAUUCUAGAGGAUUGCCUGAACCCAGGAGUUUGAGGCCAGCCUGGGCAACAUAGUGAAGCCCCAUCUCUUAAAAAAAAUUUUUAAGAUAAUAAUGCAGCCAUAAAAAUGAACAAGAUCAUGUCUUUUGUGGAAACGUGGGUGGAGCUGGAGGCUAUUGGCCUCAACAAACUCAGGAACAGAAAACCAAACACUGCGUGUUACGAUUCAGAAAGUGGAAGCCAAUGAUAAGAAUUUAGAAACACCCGACGCAGGGCUCUGCUUGAAAGGGGAGAGUAGGAGGAGGGGAGGAACUACUGAGUACUGGGCUUAGUACCUGGGUGAUGAAAUAAUUCGUACAACAAACUCCCGUGACAUGUGUUUACUUACGUAGCAGACCUUCACAUGUGCUCCCGAAUCUGAAAGUUAUAAAACAUAUGAAAUACGUGACGUUCAUUUUGGUAUCUGCGGCUCUGCUUGUUCCUAGCUUUUACACAAGAAUUGAAUAAAAACUAUUUUAUCUUUCUGCAUCACAUAGUCUGUAGUGUAGACCAAAAUGCAAAUAUCUCAUAUUGCUGGCUGCCGAGACUUGGGUAUGAAGAUCUUUCAAAGUGCCUGUUAUACAAUUACCCAGUUCCUGCUUCAGUGUGGAGAGGCGGAGAGGUGGACAGCCGGCUACCUUCGUGGUAAAAGAGACUGAAAUGAGAAGCUCUGUGCCAUUAAUAAGAGUUUUGGCCAGCAGCCAAGGCUCAGAGUGUGGGAUUAGCCUGAACAGUUGAGACUGUAGGGCCAGAACAAGGAGGCAGGAAUGGUGAGGUCACAGUGCUGCCAUCUGCGUCCUGACUUGGUGGGGGCCAGGGGGUGCAGCAGAUGCAUUGCUGUUUCUUAGCGCAGGCUGGAGGGUCUUCCUGCUCUUCUGCUCGGACUGACUCCAGGGAGCUAGUCCUCAAUUCGCAGGGAGUAUGCUUUUAAAGGGCUGUAGGUGUGGUUGAAUUGUAUGGGAAAUGGCUGCUCUGGGAUUUUCUGGAGUCUUUACUAAAAAUAAAGAAGCAUACGUAAGCAGUUUGCAUCUAGCAUUUGUUCUGUGGAGGCACCAUUCAUGUUAAAGAUGGUGUGUGGGGGACAGAUAGCAUUUCUGUGAUCUUGUUUCAGAUAUUUUUUUUUUCUUCUAGAAUCAGUCGUUUAGGCGAGGACACUGACAGUGAUGUUUUACGUAUUUUGGAAUAUUAAAAUUUGAAACAGAGAAAGGCUUUGCUCUGUUAGUGUUAAUACUGGCAAUUUAGACAUACAUAAGAAAUUUAUAGCCUUGUCUCUAAAAAAAGAAAUUUAGCCAGGUAUGGUGGUGCGUGCCUGUCACCCCAGCUACUCUGGAGGCUGAGGUGGGAUGAUCACUUGAGCUAUGGAAGUUGAGGGUGCAAUGGACUCCAGCCUGGGUAGCAGAGGGAGACCCUGUUCUCAAAAAUAAAAAGAAAAAGAAAUUUGCUGAAUGAAAGGUUUGGAUCAUUGAUGACCUCUUGUCCAUUGUGAACUGAUUGGUAAUUGGGUACUGGCUUACAAAAUGAAAGGAGAGACAGUUGCUUCUGUCUGUGAUCAACGUGUGUCAGACUUGGGUGGAAACGUCAGUAGCAGGGAGUCGUCUUUGCAUCUGACAGCUGUUGGAGUAAACAUUAUUUUCUGGUUUAUGUACUUUACUCUCUGUAGUGUUUUUGAAGAGCAGUUUGUGAGACAUAAAACCUAAGUUGUUUUAGUCAGUUUUCUGUUGCUACAGUUAAAUCCCGAGGCUGGGUACUUUAUAAAGAAAAGUACUUUAUUUAUUAUAGUUCUGGAGGCUGGGAAGUCCAGAGUUGAGGGGCUGCAUCUGGUGAGAGCCUUCUUGGUGGUAGGACUUAGUGGGGGCAGGGGGCUGAGCGUGUCUGCUCUGCUCUCUCUCCUCUUACCAGGCCAUAACUGCCCCACCUUUGUGACCUCAUCUCAUCCAAACUGCCUUCCAACUGUCUCACCCCUCAAGUAGCACAGGCCGAUUUCCCACCUUCUGCAGAUGUGCCGUCACAGUGGGGAUGAAGCUUCCACAUGAGCCUGGGAGGGGGCACGUUUAAAUCAUAGCAGUAGGUUAUGACACCUGUAUUUCCAUGGAACUAGGUAUCUUCUUUUUACUAGCAGAAUUUAAAAUGGCUGUGAAUAAUGUUUCAGAAUCAGGGAAAAAUACCAAAUAUAACUAAAAUGCUGUUUUUUAGCAGUUGCACCAUUACACGUUCCCACCAGCAGUGCACAAGGAUUCCUGUUUCUCCACAACCUCGCCUGCUCCCUGGUUCCCUGUAGGGUGCAAGCACCCUGUCACCAGGACACGUGACCCCUUUGCUUAAACAUACGGUGAAGUAGAAGAAGCAGGGAGAGAAAAGAGGAGGAAAAGACAAGUCACUGGCAAAGCAGCAGACGGUUGAUGAUGAAGCGCCAGCCGUGUAAAUGAAGAUCAGGUGAGGAGCAGGACGAUGCCCAAGGGUGGGUGCCCUAAAGCACCACAGCAGGAAGACCUUUCCCUCAGCAGCGACAUGGUGGAGAAGCAGACUGGGAAAAAGGAUAAAGAUAAAGUUUCUCUAACCAAGACCCCAAAGCUGGAGCGUGGUGAUGGCGGGAAGGAAGUGAGGGAGCGAGCCAGCAAGCGGAAGCUGCCCUUUACCGCGGGUGCCAAUGGGGAGCAGAAGGACUCGGACACAGAGAAGCAGGGCCCUGAGCGGAAGAGGAUUAAGAAGGAACCUGUCACCCGGAAGGCCGGGCUGCUGUUUGGCAUGGGGCUAUCUGGAAUCCGAGCCGGCUACCCUCUCUCUGAGCGCCAGCAGGUGGCCCUUCUCAUGCAGAUGACAGCCGAGGAGUCUGCCAACAGCCCAGUGGACACAACACCAAAGCACCCCUCCCAGUCUACAGUGUGUCAGAAGGGAACGCCCAACUCUGCCUCAAAAACCAAAGAUAAAGUGAACAAGAGAAACGAGCGAGGAGAGACCCGCCUGCACCGAGCGGCCAUCCGUGGGGAUGCCCGGCGCAUCAAGGAGCUCAUCAGCGAGGGGGCGGAUGUCAACGUCAAGGACUUCGCAGGCUGGACGGCGCUGCACGAGGCCUGUAACCGCGGCUACUAUGACGUCGCGAAGCAGCUGCUGGCUGCAGGUGCGGAGGUGAACACCAAGGGCCUGGAUGACGACACGCCUUUGCACGAUGCUGCCAACAACGGACACUACAAGGUGGUGAAGCUGCUCCUGCGGUAUGGAGGGAACCCGCAGCAGAGCAACAGGAAAGGCGAGACGCCGCUGAAAGUGGCCAGCUCUCCCACGAUGGUGAACCUUCUGUUAGGCAAAGGCACUUACACCUCCAGCGAGGAGAGCUCGACGGAGAGCUCAGAAGAGGAAGACGCCCCCUCCUUCGCACCUUCCAGUUCAGUUGACGGCAACAACACGGACUCUGAGUUCGAAAAAGGCCUCAAGCACAAGGCCAAGAACCCAGAGCCACAGAAGGCCGCGGCCCCCGUCAAGGACGAGUAUGAGUUUGACGAAGACGAUGAGCAGGACAGGGUUCCUCCGGUGGACGACAAGCACCUGUUGAAAAAGGACUACAGGAGAGAAGCGAAGCCCAGGAGCUUCAUCUCUAUACCCAAAAUGGAGGCUAAAAGUUACACUAAAAACAACACGAUUGCACCAAAGAAAGCGCCCCAUCGCAUCCUGUCCGACACGUCGGACGAGGAGGACACCAGUGUCAGCGCGGGCACAGCGGAGAAGCUGAGACUUUCGGCACAUACGCUCUUGCCUGGCAGUAAGAUGCGAGAGCCUUCUAAUGCCAAGCAGCAGAAGGAGAAGAACAAAGUGAAAAAGAAGCGAAAGAAAGAAACAAAAGGCAGAGAGGUUCGCUUUGGAAAGAGGAGCGACAAGUUCUGUUCCUCAGAGUCGGAGAGCGAAUCCUCUGAGAGCGGGGAGGACGACAGGGACUCCGUGGGGAGCUCCAGCUGCCUCAAGGGGUCCCCGCUGGUGCUGAAGGACCCCUCCCUGUUCAGCUCCCUCUCCGCCUCUUCCACCUCGUCUCACGGGAGCUCUGCCGCCCAGAAGCAGAACCCCAACCACACAGACCAGCACACCAAGCACUGGCGGACAGACAAUUGGAAAACCAUUUCUUCCCCAGCUUGGUCAGAGGUCAGUUCUUUAUCAGACUCCACAAGGACGAGACUGACAAGCGAGUCUGAUUACUCCUCUGAGGGCUCCAGUGUGGAGUCGCUGAAGCCAGUGAGGAAGAAGCAGGAGCACAGGAAGCGGGGUGGGCUGCAGGGCUGCCCAUUGGAGAAGAAAAGCCCCUUCCUCUCCAGCGCGGAGGGUGUGGUCCCCAAGCUGGACAAGGAGGGGAAAGUUGUCAAAAAACAUAAAACAAAACACAAACACAAAAACAAGGAGAAAGGACAGUGUUCCAUCAGCCAAGAGCUGAAACUGAAAAGUCUCACUUACGAGUAUGAGGACUCCAAGCAGAAGUCAGAUAAGGCUAUACUCUUGGAGAAUGAUAUUUCCAGCGAAAGUAAGUUAAAAGUGUUAAAGCAUGAUCGAGACCACUUUAAAAAAGAAGAGAAACUUAGCAAAAUGAAAUCGGAAGAAAAAGAAUGGCUCUUUAAAGAUGAGAUCAUGAAGGUCUCCAAAGAUGAAAAAUCACUGAAGAGAAUCAAAGACAUGAGCAAAGACAUUGGCAGGUCUUUCAGAGAGGAGAAGGACCGUUCGAAUAAAGCAGAAAAGGAGAAAUCUCUGAAGGAAAAGUCUCCGAAGGAAGAAAAACUGAGACUAUACAAAGAGGAGAGAAAGAAGAAGUCAAAGGACCGGCCCUCAAAAUUAGAGAAAAAGAAUGAUUUAAAAGAGGACAAAAUGUCAAAAGAGAAGGAGAAGGCUUUCAAAGAAGAUAAAGAAAAACUCAAGAAAGAAAAGGUUUAUCGGGAAGAUUCUGCUUUUGACGAAUAUUGUAACAAAAAUCAGUUUCUGGAGAAUGAAGACACCAAAUUUAGCCUAUCCGAUGAUCAGCGAGAUCGGUGGUUUUCUGACUUGUCCGACUCAUCCUUUGAUUUCAAAGGGGAGGACAGCUGGGACUCGCCAGUGACAGACUACAGGGACAUGAAGAGCGACUCUGUGGCCAAGCUGAUCCUGGAAACUGUGAAGGAGGACAGCAAGGAGAGGAAGCGAGACAGCAGGGCCCGGGAGAAACGAGACUGCAGAGAGCCCUUCUUCCGAAAGAAGGACAGGGACUACUUGGAUAAAAACUCUGAGAAGAGGAAAGACCAGAUGGAAAAGCAUAAAAGUGUCCCCGGCUACCUUUCGGAAAAGGACAAGAAGAGGAGAGAGUCUGCAGACGCCGGGCGGGACAGGAAGGACGCCCUCGAGAGCUGCAAGGAGCGCAGGGAAGGCAGGGCCAGGCCUGAGGAGGCGCAUCGGGAGGAGCUGAAGGAGUGCAGCUGCGAGAGCGCCUUCAAGGACAAGUCUGACUGUGACUUUGGGAAGGGCCUGGAGCCGUGGGAACGGCACCACCCUGCGCGAGAGAAGGAGAAGAAGGACGGCCUUGAUAAGGAGAGGAAGGAGAAAACCAAACCAGAAAAAUACAAAGAGAAGUCCAGUGACAAGGACAAAAGUGAGAAGUCGAUGCUCGAAAAAUGUCAGAAGGACAAAGAAUUCGAUAAAUGUUUUAAAGAGAAAAAAGAUACCAAGGAAAAACAUAAAGACACACAUGGCAAAGACAAAGAAAGAAAAACGUCUCUGGACCAAGGGAAAGAGAAGAAAGAGAAGGCUUUCCCUGGAAUUCUCUCAGAAGACUUCUCUGAAAAAAAAGACGACAAGAAAGGCAAGGAGAAGAGCUGGUACAUCGCUGACAUAUUCACAGACGAGAGUGAGGACGACAGAGAUGACUGCAUGGGGGGCGGGUUCAAGAUGGGAGAGGCCGGCGACCUGCAGAGGGUGGACAGCCUCCAGGAGAAGGAGGAAGGGCGGGAGAACUACGCCGCCGACAGACACAGGAAGUCCUCCUCUGACAAGCAGCACCCCGAGAGGCAGAAGGACAAGGAGCCCAAAGACAAGAGAAAGGACAGAGGGGCUGCCGACGGAGGGAGAGACAAAAAAGAGAAAGUCUUUGAAAAGCACAAGGAGAAGAAGGAUAAAGAGUCCACAGAAAAGUACAAGGACAGGAAGGACAGAGCUUCAGUGGACUCCAUGCAAGACAAGAAAAAUAAACAGAAGCUCCCAGAGAAGGCCGAAAAGAAACACUCUGGUGAAGACAAGGCUAAAAGCAAACACAAAGAGAAGUCGGACAAGGAACAUUCCAAGGAGAGGAAGUCCUCGAGAAGCACCGACAUGGAAAAAAGCCUGCUUGAAAAGUUGGAAGAAGAAGCGCUCCAUGAGUACAGAGAAGACUCCAAUGACAAAGUCAGUGAGGUCUCCUCUGACAGCUUCACGGACCGAGGGCAGGAGCCGGGGCUGACUGCCUUUCUGGAGGUCUCUUUCACAGAGCCACCCAUGGAGGACAAGGCCCGGGAGAGUGCCUGCCUCCCAGAGAAGCUGAAAGAGAAGGAGAGACACAGACACUCCUCAUCCUCAUCCAAGAAGAGCCACGACCGAGAGAGGGCCAAGAAAGAAAAGGCCGAGAAGAAGGAGAAGGGCGACGAUUCCAAGGAGGGCGGCAGCAGGAAGGACUCCGGCCAGUAUGAAAAGGACUUCCUGGAGGCGGACACUUACGGAGUUUGUUACAGCAUGAAAGCCGACAUCGAAGAGGAGCUAGAUAAAACCAUUGAAUUGUUUUCUACCGAAAAGAGAGAGAAAAACGAUUCUGAGAGAGAACCUUCCAAGAAAAUAGAAAAGGAACUAAAGCCUUACGGCUCUAGCACCAUCAGCAUCCUAAAAGAGAAGAGGAGGAGGGAGAAACACCGGGAGAAAUGGAGAGACGAGAAGGAGAGGCACCGGGACAGGCAUGCAGAUGGGCUCCUGCGCCAUCACAGGGACGAGGUGCUGCGCCAUCACAGGGACGAACAGAAGCCCGCCACCAGGGACAAGGACAGCCCUCCCCGCACGCUGAAAGACAAGUCUAGGGACGAGGGCUCGAGGCUCAGCGACGCCAAACUGAAGGAGAAAUUCAAGGACAGUGCAGAGAAAGAAAAGGGCGACUCAGUGAAAAUGAGCAAUGGGAAUGAUAAGGUAGCGCCAGCCAAAGACCAAGGCAAGAAAGAAGCCAGGCCCAGGGAAAAGCUCCUGGGGGACGGCGACCUGAUGAUGACCAGCUUCGAGAGGAUGCUCUCCCAGAAGGACCUGGAGAUCGAGGAGCGGCACAAGCGCCACAAGGAGAGGAUGAAGCAGAUGGAGAAGCUGAGGCACCGGUCUGGAGACCCCAAGCUCAAGGAGAAGGCGAAGCUGGUGGACGAUGGGCGGAAGAAGGGUCUGGACGUUCCCGCCAAGAAACCAUCAGGGCCAGACCCUCCGUUUAAAGACAGAAAGCUCAAGGAGUCCACUCCUCUUCCACCUGCCGCCGAAAAUAAGCUGCAUCUGGGAUCAGGGGCAGACUCCAAAGACUGGCUCUCAGGGCCACACAUGAAGGAGGCCCUGCCCGCGUCCCCCAGGCCUGACCAGAGCCGGCCCACUGGCGUGCCCACCCCGACGUCGGUGCUCUCCUGCCCCAGCUACGAGGAGGUGAUGCACACGCCCAGGACCCCGUCAUGCAGCGCCGACGACUACGCAGACCUUGUGCUCGACUGCGCUGACUCCCAGCACUCCACGCCUGUGCCCACCGCUCCCGCCAGCGCCUGCUCCCCCUCCUUUUUCGACAGGUUCUCUGUGGCAUCAAGUGGGCUUUCAGAAAACGCCAGCCAGGCCCCGGCCCGGCCUCUCUCCACAAACUUGUACCGCUCGGUCUCUGUUGAUAUUAGGAGGACCCCAGAGGAGGAAUUCAGCGUUGGCGACAAGCUCUUCAGGCAGCAGAGCGUUCCUGCCGCCUCCAGCUACGACUCUCCUGUGCCGCACUCGAUGGAAGACAGGGUGCCCCUGCCUCCUGUUCCCACGGAGAAGUUUGCCUGCUUGUCCCCAGGGUACUACUCCCCAGACUAUGGCCUCCCCUCGCCCAAAGUUGAUGCCCUGCACUGCCCGCCGGCUGCCAUUGUCACCGUUACCCCGUCUCCAGAGGGCGUCUUCUCAAGUUUACAAGCAAAACCUGCCCCUUCACCCAGAGGGGAGCUGCUGGUUCCUUCUCUUGAAGGGGCCCUUCCCCCGGACCUGGACGCCACCGAGGACCAGCAGGCUACGGCCGCCAUCAUCCCCCCGGAGCCCAGUUACCUGGAGCCGCUGGACGAGGGUCCCUUCAGUGCCGUCAUCACUGAGGAGCCUGUGGAGUGGGCCCAUCCCACUGAGCAGGGCCUUGCUUCCAGCCUGAUUGGGAGCGCCUCUGAAAACUCUGUCAGCUGGCCCGUGGGCUCGGACCUCCUGCUCAAGUCUCCGCAGAGAUUCCCCGAGUCCCCUAAACAUUUCUGCCCUGCGGACUCCCUCCACUCUGCUGCCCCCGGGCCCUUCAGCGCCUCAGAGGCGCCAUACCCUGCCCCUCCUGCCUCCCCUGCCCCGUAUACUCUGCCUGUCACCGACCCAGGACUGGAGGAUGUCAAAGACGGGGUGGAAGCCAUUCCGGCUGCCAUCUCCACCUCAGAGGCGGCUCCUUACACCUCUCCCUCCGGGCUGGAGUCCUUCUUCAGCAACUGCAAGUCACUUCCGGAAGCUCCACUGGACGUGGCCCCUGAGCCUGCAUGUGUCACUACUGUGGCUCAGGUGGAGGCUCUUGGGCCCCUGGAAAAUAGUUUCCUGGACAGCAGCCACAGCCUGUCUGCCCUUGGCCAGGUGGAGCCGGUGCCCUGGGCAGAUGCCUUCACCGGCCCCGAGGACGACCUGGACCUGGGGCCCUUCUCACUGCCAGAGCUUCCAUUGCAGACGAAAGACGUCCCAGAUGUUGAAACAGAACCCACAGAAGAAAGUCUUGCUCCUUCAGAAAAGAUCCCUCCAGGGGCCCCUGUGGUUGUAAACGGUGGGGACGUUGCCACCUUGGUGGCUGAGGAACCACCAGCAUUGCCUCCAGACCAGGCCUCCACCCGGCUCCCCACAGAACAGGAGCCUGAGCCCACAGAGGAGCCAAAGCUGGACGUGGUUCUCGAAGCUACGGUGGAGGCAGAGACGGUGCCCGAAGAGAGGGCCCCUGGGGAUCUGGACUCCAGCACGGAGCCCCCACCCAUUCCCCCUGAACAGCACCACCCACUGGGGAGUGGAGACCAGGGGGCUGAGACCGAAGGCCCCCCUGCUGCAUCCCUCUGUACCCCUGAUGGCCCCCCCACGGACGCUGUGGCACAAGCCCAGGCCACAGACAGUGCUGGUCCCCAGGACAACGCUGAGGCCUCCCGUGCUGCUGCCCCAGCCGAAGGCGCUCCCGGUAGCAUCCAGCCAGAAGCCACAGAACCAGAACCAAAACCCACGGCCGAAGCCCCUAAGGCCCCCAGAGUGGAGGAGAUCCCUCAGCGCAUGACCAGGAACCGGGCACAGAUGCUCGCAAACCAGAGUAAGCAGGGCACACCCCCCUCUGAGAAGGACUGUGCCCCUGCCCCCGCCCCAGCCACCAGGGCCAAGGCCCGCAGCUCCGAGGAGGAUGACGCUCAGGCCCAGCAUCCACGCAAACGCCGCUUCCAGCGCUCCACCCAGCAGCUGCAGCAGCAGCUGAACACGUCCACGCAGCAGACUCGGGAGGUGAUCCAGCAGACGCUGGCCGCCAUCGUGGAUGCCAUCAAGCUGGACGCCAUUGAGCCCUACCACAGUGACAGGGCCAACCCCUACUUUGAAUACCUGCAGAUCAGGAAGAAGAUCGAGGAGAAGCGCAAGAUCCUGUGCUGCAUCACACCGCAGGCACCCCAGUGCUACGCCGAGUACGUCACCUACACGGGCUCCUACCUCCUGGAUGGCAAGCCGCUUAGCAAGCUCCACAUCCCUGUGAUCGCACCCCCUCCCUCCCUGGCGGAGCCCCUGAAGGAGCUGUUCAAGCAGCAGGAGGCUGUCCGGGGAAAGCUGCGCCUGCAGCACAGCAUCGAGCGGGAGAAGCUGAUCGUGUCCUGUGAGCAGGAGAUUCUGCGGGUUCACUGCCGGGCAGCCAGGACCAUCGCCAACCAGGCAGUGCCAUUCAGCGCCUGCACGAUGCUGCUGGACUCAGAGGUCUACAACAUGCCCCUGGAGAGCCAGGGCGACGAGAACAAGUCAGUGCGUGACCGGUUCAACGCCCGCCAGUUCAUCUCCUGGCUCCAGGAUGUGGAUGACAAGUACGACCGCAUGAAGACCUGCCUCCUCAUGCGGCAGCAGCACGAGGCCGCGGCCCUGAACGCCGUGCAGAGGAUGGAGUGGCAGCUGAAGGUGCAGGAGCUAGACCCCGCCGGGCACAAGUCCCUGUGCGUGAACGAGGUGCCCUCCUUCUACGUGCCCAUGGUCGACGUCAACGAUGACUUUGUGUUGUUGCCGGCAUGACACCGCAGGAUGGCCGCAGGACGCAGGCGAGGGCGGCACUGCUGCCCAGGGCUGCUGCUGAGCCCCAGGGGUGGAGGAGGGAGCGCCAUGUCCACCCAGGCGGGGAGAGACCCCGAGAGAGACUGCACUUGGCCACAGCGUCUCCAUCCCUUCCAGACUGGUCCAGACGUCAGGGAGGUGAAACAUGUCUCUUCUCCACCAGCUGCUGUGGCAGGGGCAAAGCCCCCAGAGCCUCACCGGCCCCGGCGGGACAAGGAUACCAUGCCGGCCGCACACAUGGCAGCUUCUGUCUGAAAACGGUGACCUUCAGGCCCUUUUCUCCAGCCAACUGCAGAGGCAUUUCAGGAGUUGAACGGAGUGCAUUUUUAAAACUUUUUGUUCCAUUCUGAUCAACUAAAUAAAAAUAAGGUGUCCACCUCUCACAGACGGUGACCUGCAAGUCGGAGGGGCCGGAGUGCCAUCCCAGCCAUGGUCCUGUUGCCACAGAGUUGCGACGGCCUGAGACUGGGCUUUUGACCUGGUGCGGAGCAGGUGCUGGCCGUGCCCCUGCCUAUGCACAGGGACAGAGCCAGGACUCCCCGGAGUGUUUUUAAUGGAGUCAAAUCCACGUGGUUUGUAUAUUUUUUCCUUUAAUCUUGGGCAUUUUGUUUCUCUUUCUGAGAACAUAACUUGAAACACUACAGAGCCAAUAAUCAUAUAAAAAGUGUAUCCGUAAGUGCUGUACAGUUUUAUAUACAUUCACAAUGUACUUUUGCUGCCUUCUAGAUAAUUUAUUUUGCAACACAUUACUGCACAGUUGUAAAUAACUUAUGUACUGUAACAUCACUUUCAGUUAUGUGUAAAGAAAUAAAUAAAUUAAUUAAA